AUGAAACCUGCCAAAUCGGACACAGAAGGCCACGAUUACUCUGAAAGGUACCAGUCUGCUAAACAUGCUAUACUCGAUCGGCUCGUAGCUCCGGUGUCGUCGCGUGACGUGUUUGAAGGAUCCGUCCCCGAGUCAGCUCAGCUAUUACUGCAGAGCUUUUGCAACCGGAGCAUUGGGAAAGCACGCGAUGCCAUUUCUCGCGAGUUUGUUCGGAUCUACCAACACGGCUACUUGCGACGUUCACUUGACGAAAUCUCGGCUUUACUGGACGCUUUGGCGAGCCAAGAACCCCUCGACUUUACAGCUAUGACUCAGCUACUCCAGCUUGUACUGCCUCGUUUGUGCCGCCUUCGGACAGGUAGUGCGCGCUCUGUUUCGAAAGCUGCGAACAGAUUGGAACUAAUGGAGCGAUGGACUGGGAGACGUGUAAUACUGUGCAAGGAAGAAUGGCUGACGGAGCAGUGUCGGAACGUCUUGAAGGACGCUGAGAGUAGUCUCAUCACGCUAAAAGAAAAGGUUUCCAACUAUCGAGAAGUGGUGAAAAACAGAGAAACGAAGACAGUGGUGAUUAGUGCGUGGCACUUGCACUUAUCUGAAGAAGACAUUGCGGAUAUCAAAGACUUCAUGAGGAUGGUGCACACACCUUCUGGCAUUCCUACGGUCGUUUUAGUAGGAUUCUCGCGGGUUACGAUCGAUAUCCCUCUUCGUGUGUGGGCCAACGUGAUAAUUGUGAGUCCAAUCGCUCGAAUCAAUGCCAUCGAUUUGUCGGCUGAAGGGAGCGCUCCGGCGCGAGUUCCUUCCCGUGCUGGGCCCGGCGAAGAUGGCAAGCAUGGUCGACCUGGUCUGUACGGUGGUAAUUUCGUUCUAGUCUUCCACUGGACAGCAGGUGGCCCAGGUCAAAACGCUGGACGAGGGGUUGACGGAGUUGAUGCUGUGAACAGUGUAUCGAGCUUUAAAGCAUCCGCUGAAGCGUUGGCUAGACAGUUAACCUCACUCGAGAAAUGGGAGGCCGCAUGCAAUAAGCUACCGGGAGGAAUCGAGCUUGAAAAGCGCUCAAAAGAGGAAUUACCUCCGACUGAUGACCAUGUCAUCCGUGCUGCGGCCGAAGCAGCGGUAGCUGGGGUGUCUAUCGCCAUCACUGUCGUGGCUCCGGAAGCAGGAGCUGCAGUUGGAGUUGCUGGGUGUGCGUUUGGCGGUAAGAUGAUACACUCAGCGUUCGGGAGAAAUACGAAAACGGAGCUCAACCUGGGCGCACCAGGGUUUUUUGGCGAGCCAGGUAAGAAGGGGAAAGAUUCAUCACGUGGCAGAUCAAGCAACACCGUGAGGGGAAGCAUCCUUCACGAGUUCGACUCGGGUGGGCAACAAGUCGGGAAAGCAACGCUUAAAGUCACGGAGGAAGUGACUUCUUCGCCUUGCAAACGGAGUGAGAAGGUGUUCACGCCGAGAAGAAGACCGGCUCCGACUCCGAACCCACUGCUUCCUUUUGAUGCUGCGAAGGUUCACUACGAAGAGGUUUUCAAGCAGUUAGUUGAUGUAUUUCCUCAGUGCGAUUUUGCGGAUAUUGCUAUGCCAUGA